GUGCUGGGAAUCCAGCCUGGGUCCUCUGCAAGAGCAACAAGUGCUCUUAACUACUGAGCCAUCUCCCCAGCUCUGAGUUUUAAUUGUUUUCAUGGGAAGAACAAUGCUGCACCUAGAUCUUUUUGUUUUGGAGAACUAAAGUCCUAAUAAUACAUACUUAGAUGUUAAACUGACAUUGUAUUUUGGGGAUAAAUCCAGUCUGUUGUGAUGUGACCUACAUCAUAUAUACAAUAUACUUAGUAAGAAUGAAUUUACUGAUAUUGUAUGGUAUAUUCAUCUAGGUUUAUAAUUGAAAAUUGUCCUGAAAAUUUUCAUAUUCAUAUUCAUGAUAAAAAAUCCUAUUAUUACCAUCUUAUAUAAAGUUGCCCUUCCUUAUUCUUACUUUAAUUUUUAUUUGUAUAAGUAAAAAGCUGGAAUUCCACUGACAGUAGCGAGCAGAUUGCUUAGAAAUAAUUCUGUAUGAGACCUGGGUAUUGUGGGUACAUGGUUGUGCUCAGACACCCUCCUUCAUUCUCCUUUGCCUGAGUGUGCCAUGGCUGAGGUCUCACUAUGUGGGCAUUUGUUUUGUUGAUAUCCCCUGUCUUUCCUCAGGUCCUGGUAUUGCUGACCUCUCCUGGGUACCUCAUUAUCCUUGCUCUCUCUGCUGAGUUCUUGGCUAGAUAUAGUUGCAUUUCUGUGGAGGCCUGGGAAGAUGCUGCCUUUGGAGAGGGCACUAGCCUCCCCCAGAAGCUCCCUACCCCACCCAGAACCACCUACUUUGCAGUCAGAAGAUAGAUCCCAACAGGAAGAGCCCAGCCAGCAGGAAGAACCCAAUAAGAGGGAAGUACUCAUUAAGCAACAAGAACCAAGCCAGCAGGAGGAACCCAGGAGGCAGGAUGAACCCAUCCAGGAAGAAGAACCCAUUCAGCUGCUGGAACCUAGUCAGAGGGAUGAGCCCAGCCAGGGAGAGGAAUCCAGUCAGCAGGAUAAUCCUCCCAACCAGAGGGAAGAACUCAGUGAGCAGCAAGAACCCAGUCAGCGGGAUGAGCCUAGUCAGGAGGAAGAACCUGGCCAGAAGGAUGUACCUAUGCAGCAGGAAGAACCUAUGCAGCAGGAUGAGCCUCACCAGUGGGAAGAACCCAUGCAGCAAGAUGAACCCAUCCAGCAAGAUGAACCCAUGCAGCAGGAGGAGCCCAUGCAGCAGGAAGAGCCCAUGCAGCAGGAAGAGCCCAUUCAGAACAAACCCAUCCAACAGGAAGAACUCAUCCACCAGGAGUCAGUUCAGCAGGAUAAGCCAACCCAACAGGAAAAACUCAUCCAGCAGGAGGAACUUCUUCAACAGGAAGAACUCAUCCAGCAGGAGGAACUCAUCCAACAGGAAGAACUUAUCCAGCAAGAGCCAAUUCAGCAGGAUAAGCCUACCCAACAGGAAGAACUGAACCAGCAGGAGGAAUCCGUUCAGCAGGAUAAGUCCAUCCAACAGGAAGAACUCAUCCAACAGGAGGAGCCCAUCCAACAGGAUGCUUCCAUCCAACAGGAAUUCAUCCAUCAGGAGGAGCCCAUCCAACAGGAUGCUUCCAUCCAACAGGAACUUAUCCACCAGGAGGAGCCCAUCCAACAGGAUGUUUCCAUCCAACUGGAUGCUUCCAUCCAACAGGAACUUAACCAGCAGGAGGAGCCCAUUCAGCAGGAGGAGCCCAUUCAGCAGGAACUGAUCCAGCAAGAGUCUAUUCAGCAGGAUAAGUCCAUCCAAAUGGAAGAAUUCAUUCAGCAAGAGAAGCCCAUCCAGCAGGUAGGGCCCAGCAAACAGGAGGAACCCAGCCAACAGGAAGAACCCAGCCAACAGGAAGAACCUGGCCAACAGGAAGAACCUAGUCAGCAGGAAGAAUCCAGCCAACAGGAUGAGCCUAGCCAAAAGGAUCAACCCAACCAACAGGAAGAAUCCAGCAAACAGAAGGAAAUAGAAACCAUCACUGAGAGAUCUGCUGCUGAUCUUGAGUUUUCCCGCUUGCGCUUUCGGGAGUUUGUCUACCAGGAGGCAGCUGGGCCUCACCAGACUCUGGCCAGACUUCAUGAGCUAUGCCGCCAGUGGCUGCGGCCCGAGGCCUGCUCCAAAGAGCAGAUCCUGGAGCUGCUGGUUCUGGAGCAGUUCCUGGGCAUCUUGCCAGACAGGGUUCGUCCCUGGGUGGUAGCCCAGUAUCCUGAGAACUGCAAGAAGGCUGCCUCCCUGGUGGAGGGUCUCUCUGACAUCCUGGAGGAGCCAGGAAUGAUGUUGUGUUCUCCGGGUGGGUCAUCAUCUUCAUUCAGCGAGGGAGACUGUGAGAGGUGUCCUGAGCCCUUGCUGCUACCACGUGGGUUGUUGAGUCCCAGCAGAAACCUAAGACCUAGAGACAUCCUUGUACGCCGUGAUACUUCUCCCCUUCUUCCAGCCUGGCCUACUCUGGAAUCUGUGCACCCUGAUGAAGAGCAUACAGAGGGAGAAAAGAAUGAAGAAGCCAACCCUGCCACAGCUGAGACAAAGGAGCCUUUACAGUCAGAAUGGGACCACCUGGACCCCAGAGAGGAUAACCUGACGAGUUACAGCAAGCUUCUCCUGUGGGGGUGUCAGUUUUUCCAGGCUGGUUCAUCCUCCACGCUGGAGACAGAGGAACCAGAGGAACCUUGUGCGGUGGAAGAACUGCCAGGAGGCAGCCUCCCAGAUAGCACCGGGCAGCAGGAAAGCAAAGGAAAUGUGUUCGAGGAAGUCUCCAUGGGGAAGACAGUGAUGGAGAGGCUUUCAAGGGAUGUUCCUGUUAGCCCUUCAAUAGAUACUGCUCAGGAGGAGGAACAGCAACCUCAGAAGGUUCUGGAUGCUGAGGAUGAGGAUUCAAGUCCUGCCAGUCCCCAGACACAAUCAGUCAUCCAGCAGUCAGCCCAGGACAAGGAUAUCCCACAUCAAGGCACUGGGACAAAGAGGCCUCAUCCAGAUGACGAGGAUGAGGAGGAACCUGAGUGUCCUUCCAGCUCCAGCAGCUACAAAGUGCCAUCUGAUGCCGGGAAGGUACUUCAUGUGUAUGGCCAUGAUUCUGGGCAGGACCCAGGAACUUCUGCUGCGGGAUGUCCUGCAGCUGAUGAGUUUGAUGCAUCCCAAGGGAAGCCCUACACAUGUAGUGAAUGUGGGGAGGCCUUUGCAUGGAUCUUGAACCUUCUGGAGCAUCACAAGAGCCACAGCACUGAGACAUGCUAGGUAAGCCAGGACUGCUAGGAACCCUUCCUGUUCAGCUUGGCUGUGGUCAAGCACUACAAGAGUCACAUACAAAAUAUGAAAAGCCACACCCAGAGCCCCUGUCUGCCACAAACAAAGCUUGAGAGGAUUGACAGUUCCUAGUGUGGUUGUUUUCCCUAUACAACCUCAGGUGUAAGGAUGAGCAACUUUGCUGUGAGUAUCCUGUGACAUGACAGUGAUCUUAAGGCUCAUGUGUGAUAGUGGCUUCCUGUGAUAUCUAUGGGCAUAUCUGUAUUUACUUUCUGGAUGCUAAUGUGCUGAAAGCAACUGGAAAUGGGCAUGACCACAAGAAGCCCUCAUCUUAGAAAUACACUUUAGGCUAUGUCCUAAGCCAUCAGCCAUGAGGGAAAACUCCUUUUCUGCAGUCUCUUAUUACCACACUCACUCUGGUCAUUUGACAUGGUACAAAGUGUUGAGUUGCCUUAAAGUAUUUGAUCUGUUAGUGCUUUCUUGAGCCCUCCUUGCCUCAGUUGCUUCUCCUUGAGCUCCCUGUUUGUUCACACACAAUUCUUGCCAUCUGUUUGGCCUUUCUGUAAAUAUGUGAUGUCAGGUUUACUUUUGAAUCCUCAAGAACAAAAACUGUGAGUUCAAGCCACAUGUCUCUUCAUAUAUGGAGUCACUUACAAAGAUCACAAAAAAUGCUGAUUUUGGGCUCUGGGUUUCAGCCCAUUAGUAAAUUGUGAAAUCCAGUUAGUGGAUGGCCACUGGCAUUACAAAGCAAUGAAAUAGAAUCAAGUAGGUCAGAAUGCAUCAUGCAGUAAAGGCAAGUAUUGUUUUGUGAAACUUCUCAGCUGUGUAUCUGAGACUUGGCUAUCAUGUUAAAUGUAUUUAUUAGGGGGUAAUGGUCAAAACAGGUUUAAAAAUACUAACAAAGGUUGAAGAAAUGAUCUGUAUCUGAGCUAAGAGAACCAAAUGGCCUACAUAGGUGAUCUUGUGGUUUUGCUUUAAUUUCAGAUUACAGCAUUGUUUCUGUUGCCUUACCAUAAAUUUAAUUGCCCUGCAGAUACAGAAAGGUGUCUCUUUCUGUCAAUGUUUGAAGAGGCAAUCUGUGUAACCCCCAAAUCAGAGGCUUAAUAUAAUAAAGUAUUUAUUUAUUCUUCA